AACUCAGGACUGCACUGGCUCCACUGCAGAAGAAGCUAAAAGCCUUUAAUGCAGUGAAACUAAUCUGUGAUCAAACAGCAGAGCACAUCAAGAGCCAGGCCCAGCACACAGAGAGGCAGAUAAAGAUGGAGUUUGAGAAACUUCAGCAGUUCCUAAAAGAUGAAGAGGCAGCCAGGAUCACUACACUAAGGGAGGAAGAGGAGCAGAAGAGUCAGAAGAUGAAGGAGAAGAUUGAGAAGAUGAAAGAAGAGAUAUCAUCCCUUUCAGAACAGAUCAGAGCCAUAAAACAGGAGCUGGGAGCUGAAGACAUCUCAUUCCUGCAGAGCUACAAGGACACACAAGACAGAGCCCAGUGCACACUGGGGGAUCCAGAGGUGUCAGGACCGCUGAUUGAUGUGGCCAAGCACCUGGGCAAUCUGAAGUACAGAGUGUGGGAGAAGAUGCUGGGGACUGUUCAAUACACUCCUGUGACUCUGGACCCAAACACAGCAGAUCCCAAACUCUCACUGUCUGAGGAUCUGACCAGUGUGAGAAACAGUGGUGAGAGACAGGAGGUUCCUGAUAAUCCAGAGAGAUUUGUUGGAUGGUGUUGGGUGCUGGGCUCUGAGGGAUUCAGCACAGGGACACACUGCUGGGAUGUAGAAGUGGGGGGUGUGGCCUGGCGGGUGGGUGUGAUUAAAGAGUCAUUCAGCAGGAAAGGGCGUUUGGAUCUGAGCCCAGCAGGAGGAGUGUGGAGUAUAAAGCUGAUCAGGGGGGAAUACAGAGCCAUGACCUCCACACCUACAGACCUCACUGUGCAGAGGAAACUCCAGAGGGUCAGAGUGCAGCUGGACUGGGACAGGGGGGAGGUGUCAUUCUCUGACCCCAGUGACAACACUCCUCUCUACACUUUUAAACACUCCUUCACUGAGAGACUGUUUCCUUUCUUUGGUACUCUGGGGACUGUGCGGAUCUGUCCACUGGGGGUGUUUGUAAGUGUUAAACAGCACUGUGGGAUUAUGGGUAAACAUCAGUUGAAGUAAAAUGACUUUAUUUAUUAAACUCCAAGCAGGUUUACAACAGAUGUCAAACAAAAACACGUCAUGAACAAAAUAUAGUCAAUUAUCUGAAAUGUAAAUACAAACAUUCUUAAGUGCUUGAUGAGAAAUGUCUGAUCUCUCUGAUAUAACCUCACAAUGUUAUUACUGAAUAAUUACUGUGGUACAUGGUGGUACUGUAAGUACACUAGUGAGUGUGUAAUGAGUUGGGGUGUAAUAAAUACACCGGUGGAAUAA